UUAAAGGAGGCAGCCGGCAGAGCUGCUCCUCUAGAGCGGAGCAUGGGAGGGCCCCGGCCAAACUGACCAGCCACUCAGCCUUCGCCUUCCUCCUCCUCCUCCUCCUCCGCAGCCCAGAGCUGACCAUCUGCUCGCCCGCCCGUCCGCCCGCGCAUCCUCCUCCUCCUCCGCCGCCUCGGCUCCCUCCGCUGCAGUCGCCAAGGCCUUCAGAAACAGCUUCUGUAGCCAUGGCUACCUCUGCAAGCUCCCACUUGAGCAAAGCCAUAAAGCAGAUGUACAUGAAGCUGCCUCAGGGUGACAAGGUGCAAGCCAUGUACAUCUGGAUUGAUGGGACUGGCGAGUUCCUGCGCUGUAAAACCCGGACCUUGGAGCAAGAACCCAAGAACGUCGAAGAUCUGCCAGAGUGGAAUUUUGAUGGCUCUAGUACCUACCAGUCUGAGGGCUCCAACAGCGACAUGUACCUGGUGCCGUCUGCCAUGUUCCGGGACCCUUUCCGCAAAGACCCCAACAAGCUGGUGCUCUGUGAGGUCCUGAAGUACAACCGCAAGCCGGCAGAAACAAAUUUAAGGUCUACCUGUAAAAGGAUUAUGGACAUGGUGUCUAACCAGAACCCCUGGUUUGGGAUGGAGCAAGAAUAUACCCUUCUGGGAACAGAUGGACAUCCCUUUGGCUGGCCUUCCAAUGGCUUUCCCGGACCACAAGGGCCAUACUACUGUGGUGUUGGAGCAGACAAAGCUUACGGCCGAGACAUUGUGGAAGCCCAUUACCGAGCCUGCCUAUAUGCUGGUGUGAAUAUUGGAGGCACAAAUGCAGAAGUGAUGCCAGCACAGUGGGAGUUCCAGGUGGGUCCUUGCGAAGCAAUUGAUAUGGGAGACCACCUCUGGAUUGCUCGAUUCAUCCUUCAUAGAAUAUGUGAAGACUUUGGAGUCAUUGUGUCUUUUGACCCCAAGCCCAUCUCUGGGAACUGGAAUGGAGCUGGGUGCCACACCAACUUCAGCACGAAGCUCAUGCGAGAGGAGGGAGGCCUCAAGCACAUUGAAGAAGCCAUUGAGAAGCUGGGCAAGCGUCACCAGUACCACAUCCGUGCCUAUGACCCCAAAGGGGGGCUGGAUAACGCCAGGCGCCUGACCGGCUUCCACGAGACAUCCAACAUCAACGAGUUCUCUGCUGGAGUAGCCAACCGUGGGGCCAGUAUCCGCAUCCCGAGGAAAGUGGGCCAAGAUAAGAUGGGCUAUUUUGAAGACCGCCGACCCUCCGCCAACUGCGACCCAUACGCUGUGACCGAAGCUCUCGUCCGCACUUGUCUCCUUGGCGAAACUGGGGAUGAGCCCUUUGAGUACAAGAACUAAGUGAACUCUGUCCCACACAGAAGCCCACCCAUUCCCUUCCCCCUUCUGCAUUUUCUAGAUGUUAAUUCUGAGGGCAUGAGAUAAUACCAUGUCUGUGUGCCCCCCCCCAACUCUCUCCCCAAAAUUUACCCUCUUGUUUCUUCUGGGUGGAAGAGGGAAGUCUUAGUCUCUUUCAGUGUUUAUUCUGUUUCUUCUGGGUGGAAGAGGGAAGUCUUAGUCUCUUUCAGUGUUUAUUCUGUCGUUUGAGAGGCAAGGAAAAGGAAGAGUAGGCAUUAGAGGAAACAGUCCCCAGUUAACCACUAUUUUUGUCUAAUCCAUCUGUAUGUAUUGACAGGAUUUCGGGCACUUCCAGGGACAGGCAGCACAGUGGGGGGGGGAUGCUUAAGAAAAAUAUUUGUGAGGCCCAUUUGUUGUGCUUCUUGCCCAAACGUGCCCUUUGUGAGCCCUGCUGAAAGGAACAGGAGAUGGGCAGAGGGAGGGAAGCCCUUGGCACAUCAUUUGUUCACUUCAGUGGUGCUUGAAAAUUGAGGCGUUCAGCAGCCCACCAUGGAAAAUAGGAAGGUGGCUUAACCCAUACCUAGCCUGGGUCCACACCCAAGCGCUCUCAUGGGCAGAAGGGUGUUUUAAUAGCCUGUUAUUAUGAGAUAGAGGGGCAUUAUGGCAUGCCAACCGUGGGGCAGUGUUGGGCAUUUUUGCAGCCUGUGGUUAGAUGUUGUUAUCCCCGCAAGACCAAGUCUUAUUCAAAAGCUGUUGCAACAUGUUUGAUCUGUUUUGGAAGCUGUCUUGACUUUUCUGUUUCUAACACAGAGUGAAGUAGUAUUUUUAUAUUUUAAUGCCUGAAAAGGAAAAAAAAGUUUGUGUUUGUUUUCUUUCGAAAAAGGUCCACUCAAUCAGCCAUUUGCAAAAUGGCUAAGUUUGCUACAGGUGUCUGUUGGUUAAGACUCGUGUACAGGAUCGAGGAAGGGGGUAAGGAGAAAAGAUGGGGAGGGGAGAGAGAGAAAAAAAAGAAAAAAGAGCUGCAUGUUUUCACCUUCAAGAGCAGCUUUGAUGGCUUGUUAUAAGCAAGGGGUAUCCGUUUACAAGUUUAUAAGUGAAAAUAGGUAUUAAUUUUUUUAAUUUAAACUGGAGCCACCGGGGUUUGUCUCAGCAAGGCCGCGUGCAGCUAGUUGUGGCAACAAGAUACAACCGUGCUUCAGAUAAAAGGAGUUGGCUGGUCAACUUGAACCAUGUUAUUUGACAAGUAUUUGGCAGGGGUGGGGGUGGGGGUGCGGGAGCAGGGUCAAGGAGUGUGUUAAAACCUCCAGUAUGAUUUCCAUGUUAGCUUAAAGUGUGGCUUUUGAUGACUGCACCGAUGAAGAGCAACAGGUGGGAAGCGAGGUUUUUAGAGAUUUUUAAAUAACACGUUUUUAGGGGUUUCUAAAGUUGUACAGUUUUGCAAAGGCCACUGCUGCUCCUGUUAGGUACAUCCAGAAAUGCUUCUGCCAGGAGUCCACUAAUAAAACAAUAGUUGCGCUCAGAGGUAAUAAUGCUAGUGGGGUUCAAACGUUCCGGGAUUUUGUACUUUGGUAUCUUGCAUGAUGCCAAUCAUCUUCCGCUGCAUUUGGACUUGAAAAUAGGGUGGGGUUUUUUGUAAUAAAAUUUUUAAAAAUCAAA